AUGCCAGACGGGUCCAAAGCCCCCAGGAUAGCGAUCAGCUUCAGCGGCUCCUCGAGCUCAAAAAACAACAAGAACCCUUCACGUCCAACCCCACCAUCGUCACUAGGCAAGCGGUCGCGGACGAAUGCGCUAAACAACUUCGAUUCGGACUCGGACGGCGAGCGCGAUCAUGGCCGCGGAAGACACGAAGCGAUCACAGAAAUCGGCGGGGACUCUAAUCGGAUAAGGGAGAAGAAGCCUCGCGAACUCGUGAUUGAGAAGCAAAACAACCGAGACUGGAAGGCGGAGUUGCGCGGACGCAGAGGAGGCAAGAAUCUGCUGCCUGCCGAGGUGCAGGCGCAGCGACAAGAACAACAACAGCAACAACAGAGCGGUGCGCAGCAAGAGCCGGAGCGAGAACCUGCCGACGCGGAUAAACAUAUACAAUGGGGUUUGACCGUCAAAAAGCGCAAGACGAGCGAAGAGGGCGACGCACCAAUAGAACAGGGUGAAGCAGCAGACGACGUUCAGGACGAAGAUUCCCCAGUGGAGAAAAGGGCUCCUCGCACCGCAGACCAAGACGCCAUGGACGCCUUACUGGGGAAGAAGCGCCAGGAAGAAGAAGACAUUGUCAUCCAAGCCACGGAGCAGGAUGCCUAUCUGUCCGACAUCAAGCAUGUGGGCGAAGACGCGACGCUCGCAGACUACGAGGCGAUACCGGACGGCGAGUUUGGCGCCGCGCUACUGCGCGGCAUGGGCUGGGACGGGAAGAUGCGCGGGCCCAAGAAGAAACAGCCCACCGAGAGGCGCCAGAACCAGCUCGGCCUUGGCGCCAAGAAGCUGGAGGGCGCGGAGGACUUGGGACAGUGGAACCAUGGCGGCAAGAAGAAGAGCAGCCGGCCGAGGUUGGACGAGUACCGCCGCGAAGAGGAGAAGAGGCGCAGCGAGCGCAAGGAACGGAGGGGCGAGAGCUUCAGAGACGAGAGGGAUCGUGAGCGUGACAGGGAGCGAGAUCGGGAUAGGUAUGGGCAUGGGCACCGUGAUAGGGACAGGGACAGAGAUCGGGAAUAUUACAGUUCGAGGCACCGAAGCGGCGAUUCAAGACGAUGA